UCUCUCUCUCGAUAAAGCGACUACUUCGAAGUUUCUCUCUCUACGACCAGAGAAAAAAAUCCGAAUUAUCUUUUUUUCCCGAUAAAGGUUGCGCUAUCGUGUGCCUGGGAAAGCCGGAGCUUAACCUGCGCCUUCGCCGGAAAUGUUGCCGGAGGAAUCGAGACGUACGGCGGUGAUUCGAAUUUCACGGUACCGUUGGGCCUACUAUUGACUCAACCCAUCGUCAGGACCCACAGAGAAGACGAAGAACAAGGAGAAAAAGAAGAAGCGAAAAAAAUGGACGGCCAAAAAAGCCAGGCGAAGCUGACGAGGACGCAGUCGUCUCUACUCCGGUCAUCCUCCACCGUCCGAUCAUCCAUCCACAGCCUUGCCUCCAUCUCCGAAGCUGACGUCACCAAAUCUCACCACAGACCGGAUCUAGACGACGACGAAGAGAGCAGCCGCGGCGGUUCGGAGGAAAAGCCCAGGAGAAAACCGCCUCGGAAAACCGGGUCCAGUCCUCGAACCGGUUUAAUCCGGUUUAGUCCGGUCUCCGCUGUGGCGUAUCUCACUUUUUGCACUCUCCUCUCUUUCCUCUUCUUCUUCUUCUACUUGGACAGAGAGGAGAUCCCCAUUUCGGAGAAUCUCUUGUUAGCCCUUAUUUUCGUCGCGGUUACGUUGUUCUUCGCCUCCAAGAACAAAUCCCUAAUUAAUCAUUUCGUAGCGACGGUCAGGCAAUUGUGGCACGAGAACGCGGAGAGGCUCGGUUUCUCACACCAUGGGCAGUCGUCGAAAUCGGUUCAAUGGUUCAUCGGUGAACCGAGCCCUGAAACCCACAAAUCCAAGAGAGAGAAGAAAGUUGUGAGGGAAGCAGUGGAGUGUUACAGCAAUGGCGACUUUUACGAGGGAGAAUUCCACAAGGGUAAGUGUAACGGAAGCGGGGUUUACUAUUACUUCGUGAAUGGGAAGUACGAAGGUGAUUGGGUCGAUGGGAGGUAUGAUGGGUACGGUAUUGAGAGUUGGGCGAAAGGAAGCAAGUACAAGGGACAGUACAGACAAGGAUCCAGACAUGGUUAUGGUGUUUACAGGUUUUACACCGGAGAUUCUUACGCUGGAGAAUGGUGUAACGGACAGAGCCAUGGAGUUGGCGUUCAGACGUGUGCUGAUGGGAGCUGCUUUGUCGGGGAGUUCAAAUAUGGCGUCAAACAUGGCCUUGGCCGUUACCGUUUCAGAAAUGGAGAUAGAUAUGCUGGUGAGUAUUUCGGGGACAAGAUCCAUGGAUUUGGUGUCUACCAUUUCGCGAAUGGGCAUUGCUACGAAGGGUCGUGGCACGAGGGACGUAAACAAGGCUAUGGAAUGUAUACUUUCAGGAAUGGUGUUACCAAAUGUGGUGAAUGGGAUGCUGGCAAUCUCAAGAUCCCUCUCCCUCCUCUCGCCGGUCCUGUUCUUAGAGCAGUUCAGGCUGCAAGGAAGACGGGGGAUAAGGCCAUGAACCUAUGGCGAGUGGACGAGCAAGUGAACAAGGCGGUCAUGUCAGCCAACCGAGCUGCAACUGCUGCAAGAGUUGCCGCCAUUAAGGCUGUUCAAAAUCAAAUCGACGGCAAAUUUUACGAGUUGGUCUGAACGAUUUGCAAAGCAAGGAUUAGUUCGUUUCGUUUCGUUUGUAGAAAUUUUCAGACUAAUUUCGUCGAUGUUCACCCUGACGUGCACAAAAGAGCGUUGCACGACCGGAGGUUGAACCCAGAAAAGAGAGUGAUAGAGAGAGAAGAGGUUGUUGGAGAUUUUAGCUUAGGUUAUCACCACCCUGUAAGUUGUACAUAUUGGCUCAUGUAUAUCAUCAUCAUCAUCUCAUCAUCAUCGUCAUCAUCAUCAAUGCAAGAUGAGGUUCCAAGCAGUUUCCUGCAACUGCUUUUUGACUAUUA